GGCGCGCAGGCGCCGUCGGGCGGCGUGGUGCUGAGUGGCCAUGGCGGCCACGUUCUUCGGUGAGGUGGUGAAGGCGCCGUGCCGAGCUGGGACUGAGGAGGAGGAAGAGGAGCAGAGCAGGCGGGACACGCCGGAGGACCGGGAGGUCCGGCGGCAGCUGGCGCGGAAGAGGGAGGUGCGGCUUCUCCAAAGACAGACAAAAACAUCUCUGGAGGUUGCACUGCUAGAAAAGCAUCCCUGCUCCAAGUUCAUAAUCGCAGUAGGAAGUAAUGCAACAGCAUUUUUGUCAGCAUUUGUUAUGAAUUCAGGAGUCUGGAAAGAAGUUGGUUGUGCCAAGCUCUGGAACGAAUGGUGCAGAACAACGGACACUGUCCAUCUGUCCCCUACAGAUGCUUUCUGUGUGUUCUAUCAGCUGAAAUCAGACCCCUCGGUUUUCCUUUGUCAGUGUAGUUGCUACAUUGCUGAGGAUCAACAGUUCCAGUGGCUGGAAAAGGUUUUUGGCUCUCGACCCAGGAAGAACAUGCAGGUAACAGUUCUCACAUGCCGACACGUCACAGAGUAUAAAACCUCAGAGUCCACCUGCAGCCUUCCUUCUCCUUUCCUGAGAGCCCUAAAAACUCAGAAAUUCAAAGAUUCUGCCUGCUGCCCACUGCUGGAACAGCCGAACAUUGUGCAUGAUCUGCCUGCAGCAGUUCUGAGCUACUGCCAAGUGUGGAAAAUCCCCGCAGUUCUGUAUCUGUGCUACACCGAUGUGAUGAAGUUGGACCUUGUCACUGUGGAAGCUUUUAAGCCUGUACUUUCUUCCAGUGGCUUGAAGUGCUUGGCGAAGAACAUUCCUGAAAGCACAGAAAUACUGAAGAAAUUGAUGACAACAAAUGAGAUUCAGAGCAACAUUUACACGUGACCCCCACAGGCAGUGAGCCAUGACCACAACCUGCCCAUUCCAGAGGGCAGCCACUACUGUUUUGUACUUUAUUCUGGGUUGGGGGUGUUUUGAUAGUGAUAAACACAAUAAAAAUUAAAAAAUUUGACUGUAA